UGCGGAAGCAAAUACGACUCACUCGCAAGCAGCAUGGUCGUAUCGGAUUACUACGGUUUCCGUGCAGAGUGCAGACUGACGUGCGGCAACACGGUAAGCAAAUGUAGCUGACAUACACUGGUGAAAGUUUGCGUACCGCUGCAUACCGGCUGUAAACUGCUGUUUAUGUCUUCUCGGCUUUUACUUCCACCCCUGAUGCCAAGUUAACAUUUGCUAUUAUGCACUUAACGUAGGCCUAACUUGACUUGCCAGGGACAGUCAUAAAAAGUCUCCAGUCAGAUCUGUUGAAUCAUUCAAAGACAUCAUCUAAAGGAGACAUCAUGCCACUUAAUUAAAAUAAAGUUAUUUUAAUACAGUCUGAUACUAAAUAAAAGGUCUAGAAACUACUCAACAUCCACUCAUGUCCAAAUAAAACACUUUAUAAAUAUGGGUAAUAAGAACUAUGUCAUGCAAAAGAUGUCGGUUCAUGUCACCAGUCACUCCACUACAAAAAAUGAGCAGAAAAAAGCCUUUUUAUGACCUCUAUUCUCUGUCAACACCUCAAUAUAAAUACAGAAACAGGGUGUAAAGGAUAGAAAGUCAUUUUAAAUCACUGUAGCUAUUGAUGCCUCAGCCUAUCUGUGAUCAUCAUGUGUUCAUUUUAAGCAGAUCCAGGGAUUAAGCUGAGACAUGAUGACAAGGAUCCACUGUACAACAUCUAAUGCCUGAAAUAUAAUCAUAACGUGCCUGGAUCAGCCUGUUGUCAAGUGUUUUCUCUUGUACUGUAAUCCCUAAUCUCAUCAUGCCGUUACACUCAGUCCUUAAACUCCCUACAUAAGAUUGUUUUUAUAGUCUGUAGUGGUGCAGGAAAAUGUCAGACACACAAAUGCAAACAAACAAACACUCACCUGGUCAGAAUUUCUACUUCUUAGAGUUGUUUGAAGCUUAAAAGCCUCUGACUGCAACAUUACAUAGUAUAAAUGUGUACAAUUGGCUAUCAGACAAAUGCUACCAACUGCACAACAGAACAGAGUACAUCCUGUAAUAUAUUGUGUUAGAUCAUUGUGAUAAAAAUGAUCUGAAGGUGCAGAAACUAAAAGAUGGACAUCAGCUGAACAGAGAAGUGUCUUUGCUUUCUUCAGUGAUCUCUAAAGGCUGCUGAGUUCAUUAAAGCCCAUAAAAGAAACAUAAUGACAGCUCUGAUAAUCCUGCCAUUAUUCAUGCAAAAGAGCUAAAUAUGCUAAGUAAAUCAUGAAGAAGGUGUGGUGUUGAAGGUCAUGGAGUAAUUUUCAUUUCUAACCCUAUCCAGGGAGUCUAAAUUAGGUGGUAAAAUUCUGCAGGUUUGAACAUUUUCUUGUGCACAAUUACAGUCAAAACUUGAAAGCAGACUAUAAGAUGUUUUCAUCUCUACAUCAGGAGUUUCAUGUCCUCGAUGAUUUCACAAGUGUGUCAGCACACACCCACUGACUCUGAGAACAAGUCUGUAAAUUUGUGAGUAAGGGAUUAUGGAUCAAGCUAGUUAAAGUAACACAGGUCAUGGUAUUUAGCUCUUGAAUAAAUAAAAUCAAUAGCUGAACUACAGAAAUGAUUGAUGAUAAUUUACAAUUUUUUGGGCAAGAUUAAUUUUCGCACAUUCAUGCACGACACAGCAAAGGUGGCAAAUCAACUUUCAAGAGGCCAUGCCACCUUUGUAGACACACUACUGUCUGCAUCUUCUCUAAUUUUAUUUGUGCAAAAUAUGAACUUUUAAAAGUACUUAUUGGGAUUAUGUUCAAGUCUCCUUAUUGGAGACUGUGUUUUUGGAGUCUUUGUUGCAAAACUAAUUUUUUCCAGACUUCAGCUUCAUCUUGGCAAACAGACCUAUAAGUUGUAUCAACCCUCUCAUCUCACUCUCUGUAAGAGGUUCAAAAAAGUCAAGCUUCUGCUUCUGAGCAAAAUCUGGCCGAUGGUUUUUGGGUUGUAGUUUGGUGUGGCUGCUGCAUGUAUUCACUUUUUUAUUUUCUUUGAAUGGACCGUCAGAUAUCCUUGUCAAACUAACUAACAUCCUCAACCUUUGGCUUUUAAGAUGGAACAGCAGCACCUGGCCUCUCUCUGCAGACAUUUUCAGUCUGCUGUCAGAUUUGAUUUUUCACAUCCAUCUGCUUGAGCUUUACCCAAUCAGCCUCAGAUCUGAUUCAUUAGAGUUUUGGCAAACUGUGGAGUUGAAAGUUUGGCUCAUGCUGUGCAGAACCAAACAGAGGUUUUCUGUUUAUGCUGGCCGGUCAGUGAACACAGCAGAAUCACAGCAGUUCACUAAUCACAUCCACAUCAGUAAAAGGGAGUGAGUCCAUGCCUGUGGUUUUAUAACCGCAUUUUAAGAGGGCUUGAAGAUCCGGGUAAGGGUUCGCAGCAUAUUCCCUGGAAAACUCAAUUUCACUCUGUCACUGCAGCCAAUAAAAAAUGUUUUGAUCAGCAUUUCCCUUUCUACUGAUGUUUUUGUAAACCUAAGCUUGUACCAUUUUUGUAAGGCUGAGGGGAAACACAGAGAAAAGGAAAGUUCUGAUUUUGAUACUUCUCACAGUUAAUCCAAGGUCUUUGUGUCAUUUAUAUCACGAAGAACUGAACAUACUGUGGUUUGCUGAGAUAAUUUCCUUAUUUUUCUUUAUUAAUCAUUUAGUCAUCAAUCAUUUAGUAUAUGAGAUGUCAAAAUAGUGGAAGAAAUCCCUGUCACAAUUUUCCUGAGCCUGAAGGCAGGCAGGGAGAUGUAACGUUUCCAUAGCAACAACUAUGUGUCCUUAUACUCUAAUUGCUGUCUUUACAAGCUUUUCUGCAGCUGGGUAUAAUUUUCAGCCUCCUAAAAUAUAAAUGAGGAUGGUGCAAGGACUUGCUAAAGCUGUAUUUGCAGUAUUGAAGAUAAAGUGAAAACAAGAAAAUGUGAUAUUGGGUGUCCGUAAGGAAGAGGGAAGAGGAGAUGUAUUUUCUUUAUCAAUAUUUCUCCUUUUUUUCCUGCAGCAGCUCUUUGAUAAGGAGGAGUGGGUGUCACUUUUGGUGAUUAUCUAAAGCUGAAACCUUUUGGCUCUUCUCAUAAAGAUAUUUAAAGACAGAGGCAGGUGAAGACAGAGGAUAGCUGGCAACAAAGGGUGCUGGUCACAAUCAAUCCUGUCAUCCAGUGAGGCCUUCAUACAUAGACAUACAUUAUAUUGGAUGAACAAAAACAGCUCUGAAACAGUAGUUCUCAAACCAAAGAGCUAAUUUCCAUCAACUCAGAGGUUAAUGCCAAUAACUCAGCCUUAGGUGUAGACUGUUUAGCCUCACUAACUUGAUAUUUCCCAACCCCGCUCUGCUUCUCUAUCAAUUUCGCCCCAUGAAGUCUGGCUUUAAACAACCAAGAAAGUAAUGCUUGAUGUUCUGCCAGCUGCACAUCCAAGCCUUACUUUAGAGUAAAAUACACACUCUUAAUUCAAAACACCAGGCCUCUGUAAAUAUAUUACAGCAACACAACAAUCACAGGCGGUAUUGAGUACAUAAUAAAUUUUGGCAAUAAAAAAACAUUUGGAAAAACCUGAACGUUGAGGAGGUUUGACUGGACAAAAAAGGAUAGAAAGGUUUUUUUUGUUGUUGUUGUUUAGACUUGGCUGUCUCCAUCUUGUUGUAAGCUGCUGACUGAGCCCUGAGAGAGGCAAGCCGCUGUGGAGAGGAGAUAAGACUCCACCUGCCAGCAUGCUCAUCCCAGUGUUUGUGUGUUUGAGUAUAAGUGUGCAUGUGUGUCACAUACUGUGUGUGUGUGUGUGUGUGUUUUUCCAUCAGACGCCUGUCAUGAUAAGUGCCUCUUGGGAACCCAACCAUAAAAUCUGAGCAACACUAAACAUCCAACAGAGAUCAGGUCAAACAGCAGAGAGGAAAAAAAAAUGUGUUUAUUUAUAAAAAGAGUGAAAUAGUUGGAGAUAAAUCGAGAUGUACUUUCCUCUGCAAUUAUAAUUAUCUCGCCUCUCUGUACUGUGUUAUUAUACGAUCAGUCAAGUAUCCAUCAAGACCCAUUUCUUCAAGUCUAUAUUAAGGCAUCAAAAUGAGAGGCUUUAUUACACUUGUGCUUUAUUUUUCAAUCAUCAAGCCUUCAUUUAUUUUUGCUUGGUAGUAUUCUCCUGAAGGUGCUGUGAGGAGCUUUCAUGUUGAGUUAAUUCUGGCGCUCCCUCGGCUGAAGUAGUUGAGUUUUUCAUGAUGGGAGUGUAUUUCCUAAAAGCACGAUCACUCUCUGCUGUAUAGAUGUGGCUCUUGCUGAAGUCUGCAUUUGUUACAGGAGCAAAUGAAUGAAUCCCAGAUCUUCUUUAUUGAUAUUAAUUUUUUUUAGUAAAGAGGUACCUUAUUUAUUUAAGGCAUCUAAAAAAUAUUCACUCAGAAAUAACAACAAAACUGUAAAUAUGUUUCAUUACCCAAAGUUAGAAAACAACAGGAAGCAGAUGUACUGGUUUACUGUUGCCCGUCCUUCAUGACGUGUGAACCAAUGGCUAAAUGAAUGUAUGAAUAACAUAAUUAUAAUCAUGUUUUGACCAUGAACUUUGCAGUCCCCCACAUUACUCACUGGUUUCAGGAGAACAAUUUUGAAGCCUGUUGCCGAGAAAUGUUGACUCAACUGAACUUCAGUGCAACCUUUCAAAAAUCAAAGGGAUGGGGUCAGGAAGUGCCUUUGACCUUCUCCUCAAGAGCUUAAGUGUGUCUACCUUUUGGUCAAGUCUGUUAUGCCCCUAGUUUUAUAAAAGUUUUUACCAUUAUAUCUCCAAAACUAAUGAGGAUUUUAAAAAUUGACCCCUCGUUGAGCAUGUGCAAAUAUAGAAAUUGAAAAGUCAAACUAAAACAAAGGAGUAAACGUUAUUAUUUCCACUUUAUUAAAUGGCUUUCUCAGCCAGCCUCCAGUAAACACUCAAUGAACAGCUGUUUUUAGCACGUCUGCAUCAGCUUUGUUUCUCAAGACCAAAGGUUGUCCACAAAGUGUAGUGAACCAUUCACACGACCAAAUUAAAUCCUCUGUCUAAAACAAUACCGCAACAGUUAAUGAACCUCAUUACGUGAUCCUGUUUCACGAGUAAAUAAAUGAUAUUAUAAAGGGAAAAUGAUCUAAAAUAGAGAACUCCUUCUGUUUGCAAAGUUACUCCUCACUGACAAACAUUAUCGUUGGAAAUCUAAAUAUGAGCUUUUACACUGAAGCCAGUUCAUGUAUUCAAAUUUACUCAUGUAUUUGAGGUAGAGUUAUAAUAUGUUAUAAAGGGAACUGUUUACAUGUCAGUUCACAAAAGCCACAAACGUAAACUUGCAAUGUUGAAAUGUUUCUUACAGCGUCUUGUAGUUUUGACCUAAACGUACUGAAUGUAAUUCAGUGGUUUUCAUCAGUUUACCGUAAGCUUAGUCAUCCUAGCCUCUGAUUGGUUAUUUCUGGGACAUGUGAUUGAGUAAGACAGAAGUGCUGUUGUUGUAAUACAGAUUCAUGUGGGUACAUUAAAGUGCUCUUGAGAGGGUUAUACAUCUCCAUCCUGCUGUUUAUCAUUAUCAUAGAGUGAUUCAGCCACCACAUCGAUAAUAUUAUUUUAUUGUAGGUCAAGAAGAGACAUAAGUAUAAAAGUUAGACCAGUUCAAAAUUAGUUGAAAACUCAUGGAUUAAAAAGGUGUUGAAACUAUUAUGGCCCAGUCUGUCAGGGUUUUAAGAUAUUUAUUCCAAUAUUUGAUGUGUGUUGAAUAAAUAUAUCCGGAUUGUAAGAACUUUAAGUGAUGAUACGGCACUUAACAAUAAUGUGACCCUUGUUAUAGUCACUCAGUCAUUAUGUGGCAUAUAUGAUGUGUUGUAUCAUGUGCUCUAAUACAAUACAACUUGAUACAAGGUGUGAAUUGUAUAUCAUGAGAGAGAAAAAGCAUGCAGGAACACAAAAAUAAAGAGCUAACAUGCAGCAGUAAAGUCAUGGAGAGUAAAUGAGAUAAGAAAGAGAUGCUUAAGUGCGAAAAUUACGGAAAACUUCUGACUUAGAAUAGUAGUUUAAUCAUCAAGAAACAUAGUUAUCAGAUUCUGAGUCAAAUAGAAAAACUAAUAGUCAAAAACAAAAAACUAAUCUCUUAAAUAUGAUCAUAUUUAGGGGAAACACGUCAUGUACAAAAACAAAACUUCUUGGUUUGAUGGUUUCCUUCUUCAUUUAAGCAUCAUAAACAGACACAGUCAGUGCUGACGUCAACCACAUGAUCCCUCUUUUCCUCAUUGUUUCAUACAGGUCUAAAGAAAGGUCUGUUCGGUACUGUCUCUCUAAAACAUGUAGACCACACAGAAGCAGCGUGUUGGAUCAGCUACCUCUGAAGUGUUGUUAGCAGGACUUGUAUACUUCUUUAUAGAGAAGACAGUCAUCACACUUUCACCCACACACAGACAGACAAACAAACAUUUGUACUUACAUUCUGCUGAUAGAAACUCUUUGUUGUUUCUGCAACUCUCCAUUUCUUACUGGCGCUGAAGAAAUGACAGGAAGUGUGAUAGGAAGUGAUGCUGCUUUCGUAUUCUGCACAUGUGUGUCGCUGCGUUGUCGUCUGAUUUAUGGACAGUACUGUCACAGAGUUUCAGGCUCUACCAAAGGUUGAAAGGCUAACAGUAAACCAAAGGCUAUUCUGCCGGGCAGAGGGAGGGCAUGAAUGGAUGUUUGUUUUCGAAAAAGGAAGCAGAUACCACGAGCUAAAAGUCAUGCCUGGGUUGGUGUGAGAGUGUGUGUGUAAGUGAGUGAUCAUAUGGUGCUACCAUGACAAGAACAGUUCUGAUCAAACUCCUCAUCCUCGUGAUCGUCGCCUUCAUCAUCUGCCUUCCUGAGUUCUUCACAUGGUACAGAGGUGGGUCAUCCAUGCACAUUCAGACUGAGAUCUAUCGUUUGUGUGAGUGUGUGUGUGUUCAUGUAUGAAUGUGUCAUUUCACCAACUUUUGAGGCACGAAAAUGGAAGAAUCAAUGUCCUAUCUUUUUAUUAGUUUAUUUUACUGUAAUGAGAAAAGUCGCUUCAUGAAGUGAAUUUGAUUUUGUUGAGUAACUUUGUGUUUCUUCUCUUUUUCCGUGCUCACUCUGACUCAACCUCUUCUUUCUUUUAUCUGAGCUUAACACCUAAAUAUAGCGCCCUUUGACACUGACUGACAGCUGUCAGAAAAUGUCUCCAAACUGCACUACCUUAAAAAAAAAAGCUCGAACAUGUUGCUUUAGCCUUUAAACUCCUGCAUGUGUUCGCCUUUGUUUCUUUGUGUGUCUGUCUCUUUGUGAUAUAAACUGGAGGCAACAGUUUCCAUUUUUAGAUCUGUCUCUGAUUCCUGACUUGAGAGCAAAUCGUCUCUCUCUCUCUUUCUUUUUUUUAUUUUUAGUCUGCGCCCCCUGUGAAACUGUUCUGAAUUAUCUGUUGCUCAGUCUCUCUCUCUCCUUCACAGCAUCAAAAGUCAACUUCCUCUGUCUACCCUACCAACCCUGUGUGCAAGAGAUUCAGACUAAGAGACAGGCCAAUGGGAAGACUGGGAAAACUGAAAUCAGAGCGGAUAAGUGUAACCCUUUACCAGAAAAAUGGGAGCAAGGCUGCCAACAUGAGAAUCAAGGCAACGCAGGAGACUUGAGGACAGGUGGUGAAGACGUAGAAAAGAGCUGGUUUAUGUGUGAAACAGACAUGGACAUGUCAGAGUUACGGAGCAACACCUCACAAUCAGGUAUUACACAGUUUUGGAAAAUAACUUAUUUUGUAUUUUGUAUUUUGAGCAUUAACAUCCUCUCAAAACCAACAAUGCACUCAUGCUAUGAGGUGUGUGAGUCACUGCUGAAGGGAUAUUCCGGCGUAAAGCUAAUUUAGGGUCAAACACACCGUAACUAAGUUAGACACCCCCUCGAGAGAUGAAUGUUGAAGACCGCUUGCUUCUCUAAAUAUGCCCAAUUUCUUUCGCAAAGAGACCAAACCCAACUCACCUACUCUCUUCCAGCAGCUGCUUGUUUGUUGCGAGACCUCAGGCCAGUCCAUUACUGACUGCUGCGGGGUGACGCAGCUCAAGGAAGAACAUUUAUGAUCAUUUCUGUAUCAUUUCCUUGAAGUAAUAAUCACCAUAUUAAUCGUCUUGCACUGCAGACGCGGUAGUUCUUCUGCCUUACCGUCUCGGUCUGAUUGCAUUUCCAUAAAGAAAUGAUCAUCUGCUGGAAGAGAGUAGGUGAGUUGUGUUUAGUCUCUUUUUGCUCAAGAAAUCAGGCAAAUUUAAAAAGAUGUUUGGUGACUGUUGCUGUGGUUAGGACCCUAUAUGUCCUGUUGAUGAAGUUAGGUGCUGUUCUGAGCAUUAUUUGUGGCUAUAGAGUGGUGUUUUGGUUGAGGUUUACACGUGGAGACGUAGACUGCUGUGUAUUGCUAUCGUGCGGUCGUUACUAAAGUUGGUUUAACUAGAGAAGAAAGUGGUCGGCAACAUUCAUCUCUCGAGGGGGGGGGUCUAACCCGGUGUUACGGUGUGUUUGACCCUAAACUAAUUUUACGCUGGAAUACCCCUUUAAGUGUGUUGACUAAUGGGUGAAUAAUGAUGUGUAAAGAGUGUUCUGUAGUUUAAUUCAUUCCUUCAUUCACAGGUGGGACGGUAUAUUUUGAAGUAUCAGUGGGGCUUCAACUAGGAAAGGAAGAAGCGUCUCUGAAUCUCACCUUGUUUGGCUACAGUAAUCUGAGCACCUUACACCUGCAGCCCCCUGUAGAGGAGGAGAAGGAAGAGGAGGAACAGGGGGACAAUAAUGACGGACAAUUGAAGGCCUUUUACUGCUGUCUCCCUGUCCCGCCUGAGUCAAGGUCAUCCAAUCAAAGCCACUGCCUCCUUUCGCUCUCCAGCCGAACAGUUCAGAACGUAACGGCCAAGGAAGAGGUGCCAUGGAAACGGACGUUGAGAGGUUGGUGCCAGGAUGAGAAAACCUUGUUUUUGUCCUCUAUGUCAUGAUCAUGCUGGCUUCACUUCAAUACUCGAGAUGGGUCAGAGAAAUUGGCCAAUCAUUUUUCAUUUGUGGUGAAAUUGAUUCAAUCUCAUUCAAACUCAUUUUCUUGAUCAGUAGGAAGUGGGCUCAUUUUUUCAAUACGACAGAUUUUCCUCGAUUGUCCUUCACUUGACCCCGGCCUCAGCUUUGAGACUUUGCUUCUCCUCCUCUCUAUAUACUGUAUUAUCAGAGACUUCAUCUUUAUUUUCUGUAUCUUCAAGGCUGCAUUGAUUUUGGCUGCAGCUCUCUAUCUGUUUGACCCUUCAACACUCCCCUGAAUCGCUGUGGUUGAGUGACAUUUUAUAGUAAAGCUAGAAAAACACCAUUUUGUCAUACUAUACCAUACCAUACCAUUAAUUUCUGAAUCUCAUGUUGCUGUUUUAUUUUAUUUUUUAAAUAUGACUGUUAAAUCCCUUAUGUUUUGCCUAUAUUUAUAUGAUCCACAUGUGUCAAUCUUUUCUCUUUUUUUGGCAAAAUUGAGGGGGUUUUGUGCAUCAUAUGAUAAAAAGUGCAGCAGUAAAGCAAUUUAAUUUCAACCAAGCAAUCAUCUUCAGACAAAUUGCAAUUUUCAAGCCUUUAGUUAUAUAAAAAUACCAGAGAUAAUCAGGUUUUAGUCUUGAUCCGAUAAUUAUGUAAAUUAAAUAUUAUAACUGAAGUUGUGGAAUUUAAAAUUAAUUUUUUUUAAUUAAUUUAGUUAAUGGGUAACUUCUUUGCAUGUUUAAAAUUCUAUAUUUUUAUAAUAAUAAUAAUAAUAAUAAUAAUAAUAAUAAUAAUAAUGAUAAUAAUAAUAAUAUAAUUAUAAUAAUAAUAAUAAUAAUAAUAAUAAUAAUAAUAAUAAUAAUAAUAAUAAUAAUAAUAAUUAUUAUUAUUAUUAUUAUUAUUAUUAUUAUUAUUAUUAUUAUUAUUUUGCAUUUUAAAAGAGUAAUUAUUUAAUUUUAUUUGGUCCAAUGUUAAAGUGUGAACUGAUUCAUACCAGUGUCUAAAUUUUACCUCUGAGUAAGUUUUAUGCACAGUUAUUAGGUGUAAUUUCUUGAUCUGGCUGACAUCAGUCUGAUCGGCUGAACCUUUAUGUUCGGCUUGUAGGCGGACGCUCAAACCUGUAGUUCUUCUACAGUAUCUAGAGUGAUUCAGUUUGGCAGGAAAAGGAUAUUACAUUAAACUUAUCAUCUGGGCCAUCUUGUUCUCUUUCUCUCUUUUUUUUGUGCCUUUCAAAAGCACAGUGGUGUCGUUACUUUUCUGUGGCUGCAACAGGAAGCAGAAGGACACUGUGGUUACUUGACAACAUUGUGUCAAACAAGACAAAAUAACACACUAUAAAAAAAAAGGUUAAAUUUGGACUUUAAUCCCAUCACAAUGAAUCUACUCAUAUUAUCAGCCCUCAUUUUACGGUAAGUCUAAGGACCAUAUUGAGUAAAUAAUAUGACAUGUUCUCAAGCUAAAUUCAGUCCCUGUAGGAUUUUAUUUGACAUUGGCUGUUCCUAAUGUUGUAUAGAGUGUAACAGAAAUCACACAGCACUCAGCAGAGACAGUAAUGGCCCUCUCCCUCUCUCCCUCUCUCUUUCUCUCUUUCUCUCUCCCUCUCUCCCUCUCUCUCUCUCUCUUAGGUGAGUGGCAGAGCGUGCUCAGGGUGCUCUGGCUGGCUCUGCUAUGUGUCGUGCUGCUGGCUGUCAUCACAACAGUGACUGGACAAAUCUACUGGAAGAGACGCUCUGACAGUAAGACAAAAACAUGCAAAUACACACCCACACACUCACAUAAACACUGUUUGUUGGUUGAAUCACUCAAAGAUUUAUCCUGAAAAUGUCUCAUACUUCCAUCAGAGAAACAAAAGAGGCAGCCUGUUGGAUGCAGCUUCACCGCUCAGCAGCUAAAUGGUAAAUAUUGUGUUUUCAGUGUUCAUGAAGGGGUAUUUUAGACAUGAGAUAUGUUUGUAUGAAAUGUGUAUUUUUGAAUACGGCUAACAUCUUGCAUGUUUUUCACAAUCGAUCCAUCAGAAACUGAGACACAAACAGAUGAUGCUAUCCCCAAAGGUAUAGUUGUUUCUAAAAUUACACAAUUCACACUUUGUAGUUGUCAUUUCCAUCAAACUGAGACUUAGUUGACCUCUUCUUGUCCAGCAGGAACGGUUAUCCACCCUUACGGGCCCCGGUCUUGGUCAGGUCAGACAUACUUUUGUUGUUAUGAAAAUUAUUGAGUAACUCUGUCGAUUCAGUCCUUAAUGAUUUGUUUUCAUGUUUGUAUUGCAGGACUGUCACCUAUUCAAGAAGUCGACAAUCACGGUAGAGAACCGACCAUUAAACAAUGAAAACACGUUUUAUCAUCAGUUUAAUCAUUAAAGUGUUUCAAACUUUUUGGGUUAAAACUCAUUUUCAUGUUUUCAGAUGACGUAGAAACUCUGCUGGAUGGAAAUGUUGACAACUGUUACUCAGGUAUCUCAGCUUGACAGCAAGAUCAUGAAGUAUUCAGACAUUAAACAGUGUCAUGUGUCACAGCUGUUUUCAGUAUCAUACUAUCCAGAUCUGACAAUUGUUAAUGUGUAUCACAAAGGACUCAGUUCAUUCAAGUUUAUAUCCUGUGAAAAUAUAGUGGAAAUGUUAAAAAUAGGGCUGUUUCGACAGCUGCUUGGCUGACACCUACUCCAUCGCACCGGUUUCAGGCAUGAAAAGUUACGGCAUAAAAAAGGUCUGUUUUAGUCUUGUUUGCCUCUGAAUGUCAUAAAAGGCAUCAAUGUGAAUCUCAGUAUAUUUUAUAAACAUGAAAAAACCCUCACAGGAGCUUUAAUGCCAAAGCUGGUUAGGAAUAUCAAACAUACUGAAGUUAAAUAUGAUGCAAACAAAUAAAUAAUUAUCUGUGUGUCUCUGGAGCAGGAGAAAAAAAAAAGACUUGACAACUUCCCCUCCCCUCCACACAGUAUCUAAACCUCUUCCUCUAUUGUUUAACUCUGUUGAUAAUACUUCUGAAAUGUGUCUCUUUGUAGUUAAUCUGCAUCAUCGUGGCCAUCCGUCCAGCUCCUCCCUUACAGAGGAGCAGCCCUGGUGACAGAGGCGCAGUCUGAGGAGCAGAGGAGGAAACUAAAUAUGAAUGUUACCAGUCCCUGCCUCAUGUGUGGUGAAAAUAAAGUAUCAGAGACACAUGAAGAUGGUUAUACUUAUUUAUUUCCAUUAUGUCAUCUUCACACAGAAGGGCUCUUUAUCAAGAAGGAAUCUUUAAAUAUUAAAACAUGACCUUUUUAGUGACCUUUGACUAGUCUCCCAAACAUUACUCACCCUGCAGAGCAAAUCAUUUUGUGUUAAAGCAGUCGAACCCUAGACAGAUGAAGCUAAAAGGAGUGAAAACAGGCAUGACUGUUAUGCUGUGCAGGACAGUUUUCCUUGACUUCAUUCGUUUAUCUCUGACAGGUAGCAAGAAAAAGUAAAGAGCAUGCUAAAAGUGGUUUAUCUCCUUAAGAGAUCUAUGUUUACUGCCAAUUGAAGGCUAAGACCUCAUUUAACGCUGGCAAUCAAAAACAGAUGUACUCUGAGCACAUUAGGAUUUUUACUAUAACUCAACACAGGUGUUACAGGAGAGGGGAUGCGUAAUGAAAAAUGGUUUACUGCACCCCUCUAAGGGAAAACUCAAAAACCUCACUUCAAGCCUUUACUCUGUAAAUGAUUUAUGACCAAACAAAAUCAUAAGGGAGAGGUCUUUCUUGAUGUCUUUAGAGUGGAGUCUAAAAGGGGACAUGACAUGAUCGUUUUUGUCACAGAAAUAAGUCAAUAUUUAGGAUAGUACUUGUUUCUGUUUAGGCCAGAGUCAGAGGAGAAAAUCAGCACCAUUUCAUGUCUGUUUGGUCAAUAUUUAGCUAACGCCAGCAGCAUGUUAGCUCAGCACAUCAAUUAGACUGCAAAAAGGGGAACAGGAAAUAACCUCUCACACUCGCUGAUAAGCACAUUACAGGAUUUCCGGUGGAGCGGCUGUGGUCAAUAUUUUCGUUUCAGCGACACAUCAAAUAAAAGAGUUUGACAUGUAUAAUGAAACCAAAUCAACACCAGCUCAGUGUUACACAGCACAGACAGAAGCAUUCAGAGGUUAAACGGCCAAUCAGAGGCCUGAACAGGUCGACAUAAAGUGACAGUUGGACUUCAAAAAGUGAGCUGGAGAGAAACACAAAACCAAACAAGAGCCCAUGUUGCUAUUACUGCUGGAUACUUUACGCAACAGCUAUACCUCAUUUACCACAUUAAAGCUGUCAAUCUUGUAUUGUUGUACUAAAAACUUCUUUCUGUUUAACCACAGUACCCACUCCUGCAGGACAAUGUCAGUACAAAAUCAAGAGUAAAUGAUGUUUUGUGGCUUUUUUUUUUUAUUUGUAGGAUUUUUGCCUUUGCCUUAGCUCCUGUUUCUCCAUAUUAUCUUACUUCUAUUUAUGGGUUGACAAGCUGGUAGAGGAAUUUUCUUAUCUUCUUUGGAAAAACAAACCAGGUUAGCUUUUACAAGUCUUUGUGUUAAACUGCAUUAAUCUGCUGCUGGCUUUAUCUUCAGGUCUGUAAAACACAUGUGAAAUCUGUUUUGAUCUUAUCAUAUUAUUCGCAGCGAUAAAGAAGUACAGACAUUGUCCGAAUAAGCUAAAAUAUACCUUUUAAGAAUGUAGCAGCAUAUUUCAAGUUAAUGUGAACCAAAUAUAACUACAUCAAAACUUCAAUGUCUAGACAAGAGAAGAAGAGAGAACUUAGAGUAUUUUCUUGUGCAAUUUUAAGCAUGAAGACUUUUUUCAACCAAGUUGCAUAAGACUAAAAAUAGUGUUGCUUCACAUAACUUAGCAAAAAUAAGAAUAAAAAAAGCAAUUAUCAAUAAUACUGGCAUUUUAUCUCAAACCAGAUUAGUACAUUUCAGAAACACUAACACCUCUCUAAAGUUAGUCACUGCUCCCUCUGUUGGAAUGAUAGUGGACCAUAAUGAGUGCAAAGAAAGCUUGAUAUACAUUAAUGUUAAAAUCUUUUUUAAAACAUUCAGUAAUUCAGUAAGAUUUCUAUUUGGUUCAGCUUUUUGAGACAAUAAGUAAACAUGUUUUUGUCACACCAUCUCAAUUUUAGAUGAAAAAUAUGUAAAUCUUCAAUAAUCCUGGAAGAGACAGACAUACAAUCUGCUCUAUUGUGGCUUCAACGUGAAUCCGUCAGUUAAACUGUCAUCUCUAAGAUUAGAUCAUGUAAAUAGAAAACAUCUUAACUAUGGCACUUGAUGUAGAUUAAAGCAUUUAAUCUGUGAUAAUCUAUUCUCUAUACUUCACUGUACAACCAUAGAUACAUUAGGACAAGCAGGUGAGUAGGUAGCCUGUCUGUGUGUGUUAGUGUGUGUGUGUGUGUGUGUGUGUGUGUGUGUGUGUGUGUGUGUGUGUGUGUGUGUGUGUGUGUGUGUGUGUGUGUGUGUUUGUGUUAGUGUUGUGUUUGUUCUGUUGGUUCUGUAGCCGGGUGACUCUGUUGGCUCUGGAUGUGGGAGAUCUGCAAGAUGGGCAACAGCAGCUGGAAUGCAUUGUGGAUGUAGUUUGUGCUGUUUGAACCCUGCAGACAGAAAAACACGAGAACAUUAGCCAGGUUUACAUGGGCAAAAUUUCUUGAUAUGAUUUAAAAUUUGAGGAAUCAGAUAAUCUGAAUCCACUGUUGAUAUGGGUGCAAAAUCAAAUAACCUGAUCAUGCGUGCAGAUGUGACAUCAUUACUCUGUAUGUACGCCUUGUUAUGUUCACAGAGGAGCAGGCUCGGCACCUCUGGUUGUGUUUUAUGCAAGUUGCAGGCAAGUUUACAAAAUGCAUUAUGAACGGUGCCAAAAAUCUCCUUAUCAUUGCAUUACUCGCUCCAUAACUAAUCAUCUUUAUUGCUUCAAAAUGAUUAAAAAAUAAUUACAUGAUAUACAUCUUUGUUAUUAUAUUGAGGAGAUACAGAUAUGAUUUGUUUUCAAAUUUAAGUUGCUGCUUAUAAUAAGCAGCUCUAAUGUGUACCCAAAACAGUCAAAAUGUGUUUUUCAAUAAUUUGUUCAAAUCUAGAAACAUUUUUAAAGUCUGAGCGUCUCACCUCUUGUAGCACGCUGUCCACCAGUGGAUUCAACUCCUCUGCUUUCUUCUGACCCUGAAGGAGAGACGGGAAGCAGCAGUGAGUAAAGAUGCAAGAAAUGAAAACACAAGUUUACUGUCCAUGUACGGACAACCUUAAAGAGGGUGACAUGACUGUGACCUUUUGACUACAAUACAUAAAUAAUAAAAAUAAAAAGCACAUUAUUUAUAAGCUUAUUCCUCUGCGCCCUCCUUCUGUGAGAGUGAUUCAAAAUACACAACUGAGCCACACACUUUUAGUCAUAGAGGAAUUUCACUUGGGAACAUUUCCAUUUAUUUCCACAUGUUUGGUGAAGAAAGACUGUGCCUUUUCUGUCUCCAACCAUCACAGCACUGGUGUAGCAAAGGCUGAAGUAUGAAUCGAGCUCAUGGAGCAUGUACAGCCUAUGUAGCUGAUAUGUAACAUACAAAAGUCGAUGAUAAAAUGUUUAUUCAGUCAUGCAUUAACCAUCCUGCUGCAAUAAAAAUCCACAGGGGAAAAUGCUGCAGUCCCAUAAUUCGCUUUUAGCUGAGUGACAUUUUCUACUGCGCACAUCUGUUUGAGAAAAUGACUGAGCGUUUAAAUUUUUAUUGUUGUUUUCUUUAUGAGCUGAGAGGCUCAGGGAUGAGCUCCUACACAGGGUGGGGACGUCUCCGAGUAUUCAGGGCAGAUUAAUGCUUUUUUUUUUUUGGGCUUUGAGAACCUUUAUAAGAUUUGGUAACAACAGAAAAAAAUACACAAGCCUUAUCCUUUUACACCCCCAGUGUUCACACAAAAGCCUCACAACAACAACAACAACACAAUCCUUCUCACUUACCCCAACAAGAAGCAGCGUGUCAGAGAACUUCUUGGCCAAACACUCCACCUCCUUACACAUGGCACACGUCAACCUGGGAUUGACACGAAAGGUUUGCUCAUGUUAUUUCUAUCACAUCAAAAUGACUCACACACACACACGCACAUACAAACACACACACCUGGUGAGGAUGUGUGCCUGGUCUCUGGCUGGUUUCUCCUGAUCUUGACCGUGGAGGAUGAGCUCUGCCACCUUGUGGAGCUGCUCAAUACUGCGAGCCGUCACUUCUGCCAGACUCCCCACGGAUGACAGGUAGACGGCCUGGAGAGAGGGAGACGAACACACACGUUCACACAUGCACACACACACACGGUCAGACACACACAUUUAAAUAUCUAUUACCACAUUAAAGCACAGCACCCUGCGACAUCAGGAUGAUAGAGCGGUUUCAUUAAAAAACUUCUCCACAGAUUUGAGCCACAUGAUGAUGAGUCGUCCUCACCUCCACAGAUCUGGGGUCCUCCCUUCCUUCCUUCAUCUCUUCCCCCCUGCUGAUCUCCUCCCCUUGCUCUCCUCCUUCUACAUCUUUCUUUUCCUCCCCUGCCUCCGUCUCUUCAGGUGAGGCCUCUCCUCCCGGCAGGUCCUGGAUUUCCUUGCUGACUGUCUCUGUGGUGACAGGCUGUUCCACCUCGCUCACCCAAUCAUGGGCCCUCCUGCGAGCCUGGAAAAGCAUAAUUACCCCCAUCAGCUCAGCAUGGGGACAGAUAACCAUCCUGAUGUAUGCUAAUUAGAUGCAUGCACACGAUUAUAUGCUAAUGUAGCUUCUCUAUAUGUGAAGUUAAAUAUUAACAAGAACUUCAAAGGCAGUAACUUAUAUAUUUCUUUCAAGACAGCAGCAGGAGGAGAGAAUUUAUGGAAUUUUAAGAGAAAUUUUGUUUAUAAAAAAGGAGUUAAAAGGUCUGUAAAAGCCUCAGAGGUGUAGGUAUACUGCAGGUGUUUACUUGGUGCUGAGUUCAGAGCAGUUUUAGGUCGAAAUUAGAUCGUUUUUACAUUUUACUACCAGAUCCAUGAACUUUGAAAUGCCACAUAAUAGCUGUCAAAACAGCAGCAAAUAGUUACUGUUUCAUCUGCACACUCUAAUUACUGCGUGCACAAAUCUCACAUGUAAUGUUUUUAUAGCCUGAUGUUGUUAAGCCACGCCCCCUUUUGUAGAGAGUAUCAAUAAGUUUACCCAGCGAGCACCAACACGGAUUUAGCUGAAAAGAAGGUGAAAUCAGGUCUGAAUGCCCUUCCCUCAACUCAUUUUCAACCAGAUACAAAACACGACGACAUCCACUUGUCAUAAAACAGGUUAAAGCUCCUGUGGGGAACUAUAAGCUUAUGUUAGUUUUGGCGCCCCCUAGUGACAAAGCAGUCUUUGUCUUAAGUGGUGUCUUUUGACCAAAAAUAUCCUCCUGUUAAAAUGUAUAAUUUAUCAUAAAUACUAUAUGCUGAAAUUGAUACCCCCACGCAUCAAUUUCAGGCAUCAAAAAUUACAAAAUAAAAACCAUCAGUCUUGUUGCUUAUGGUUUUGUUUGUUUUUGCAUAUUAAAAGAGGCAUCAGUUUGAGUUUCGGUUGAUUUAAGUAACAUCAAAAAUUAAGAUUUAGAGCCCCACACAUCUGCAGGAUUUUUAUAAACUGAUAACUUUGUGGAUGAAAAAGAGGAAUGUGAAUUAUUAUUAUGACAGUGUUAUUACAAAGUCAUUUUUCAUCAGUAAUUGAACACCUGAGGUCAUUGUAGUGAACACACUCACUGACUGAUACAAAUAGGCAAAAUUUCAACUAAAUUGAGCUCCUGAAACAGUUUUAAACAUUUUGUGAACAGUGGUAAUCAAUAUCUUUUAAACACCUUUUCAACAGUUAAAUGCUCAUUAGGCCUUUGUCUGUGAUGUUUUAUUAGCAGACUGACGGCAGUAUGAAUGGCCUUUUUUCUCUCUGUUACAACCUCGUGUCAGACUGUCAAGAAGUUAUAUUAAGACGCUAAAAAAAGAGGAUCACUGAGACCCUCUGCUGCCUGUGGUAUUGAGAUGAUAUUUCUCUCAUCAUGAUUCAGCUGCACCUGUGCUCCUGAAAACAUACUCCUGAACCAGGCUUCCUCUGUGACUUCAGAUCUUGUUCAAACCACAGACAUUUGGGGAGAGCUAAGAUGUGUAUAUGUUUGUAUGCAUGUGUGUGUCAGACUCACCUUGUUGAGUUUGUCUGGAGUAGCAGCUACAUGAAGCUCAAACAGCAGCUCAGUGAGAACACUGACAAACUCCUCGCCCCCCGCUGAGGACAGAGUUACACAUUACAGACACAAACAGACACACACACAUCCGUGCUCUGUCAUUAUACCUCCAUUUACACAGCAUAGCAAAAGCAAAACAUGCAUAAAGAGUAAAAUGAAAGCAGGUUUGCUCCACGUGCACUGUUUUUCCCCAUGCUGAGAUCGUAAUUAUACUGUAUGAUUCAUGUUUGUCUUCAGCAAGCAGCAUGGCAGAGAUCUGCAACACAUUUCAAUUUAUUUUCAUGCCAAAUUAAUGAAACCUUCAGGACAUUGUUUUAAUUUGAGGGGAUUUAAAUUCUUCAUCUUGUCAAUUGUUUUUGUUGGUUUUGAUGUAAUAUGAACCUGUAGGUGACCCCUGAGCACAAACACUGGACCAGGAACCCAUUAAACCCCGAGGAUGAAGAAACACCACCUCAGAUUUCUGCAUCUGUACGUGUGGUUUGGUAUGAUUAACAUUUAUGUGUUUCAAAGAAUAUGAAGUGAUAAGAAGUGAGUAGGUUUUGAUCAAAGCUAAGACUUGGCAUUGAUUGAUUUCUCCUUGACUAUGAAUUUCACUUUGGUAGAACAUUUCGACUGAGAAUGACACCAGUUUCAUUUUCCAAUCUUUUACAAAUAGCAUAUUUUCGAUUAGAAUUACACUCGACAAAUAUCAUAAUACAGUUUUGAUGGUCUUAUAGAAAACUGUACUUAUCAUUCUGAUGCUUCUGCUCUUAAGGCUCAUUUCAGUAUCCCACAGAGAUUACAACAAACAUGAUUGAUCAUCUACUCUCUCUUACAAAAGAUGAGUUGAAGUUAUUGAUCAAACCAUGUUGGACAGAAAAGUAAUUAUACUAGCAAUCAAAAAAUGUAAUAACCUAGGAAGAAGAUUUUAACCAGGUCUUUACAAACUGUUAUUAACAACACAGAGAGACAGGAAACUCUCUGUAUUUUAAUGUAUAUCAACAGAAUGACAGGAACUUAUACAUCUAAAAUACCUGAUGUCGUGAGUAAAAGCAGCUCGAGGCAGAAAGUUCAACCAAAGAGAAACAUCAGUCUAGUUUGGGAUUAUGUGAUCCAGUAUAUCAGGACGUGUCUGUCAGAUGUAUGUGUGUAAAGAAAACUGAUCCUGUGUCAGUGCUCAGGGACCUCCUCUACCUCCAGCAUGUCUGGUGUUUGUUUGGCUCACUCACAUAUGGGGGCAGAACAGUGUAAGUGGGAACUUAGAUCACCGUUAUCCUUCGUCUGUUUCUCUUCGUCUUCUUUCUCCUCCUCUUCUUCUCCUUCUUCUUCUUUCUCCUCUUCAUAUUGCUUGUUGAAGAUAUCCCUGAUAAAGAUCAGCUCCUUCUUCACCUCAUCCUGCUCCUCUUCUGUCAGUGAGGAGAGAUAGGCUUGGACCUUUGGGCAGAGAGGGAUUUGAUGACUUCAUUAGCUCUGUUAAAAACAGACUCUUUAAAAAGCACGCUCUUCGCUCACACUUGUUGCUCACCUUGCCCUCGCUCUCGUUGGACAGGAUCUCCAGGGCCUCCAGGUGUGACAGACCUUGGUAGUCAUCAAACAGUAUACCAUAGUGAGCUGUGGGUUCGCUCAUUGGCUGGUUACCCAGACGUGCACGCUCCUUUUCUUUGGCUUCCUUCAACAUCUGAAGAAUUAUAUUUAACAGUCUUAUACCACAGCUGUCACUCAUUUGAAAGGAUCCCGCUGAUCCCCAUUAGUUUUACUUCAUCCCAAAGGAGAAGUGCUUGUGUUCGUGUGUGUGUGUGUGUGUGUGUGUGUGUGUGUGUGUGUGUGUGUGUGUGUGUGUAUACCUGGCUCAGUGAUGCUGUUUUCUGCAUCAGGGUCUUGGUCUUUUUAAAACCUGGGUCACUCUCAGCCAAAACCGUCAUGGUCUUCUUUCCAAUAAACUCCAAAGCAUCCAAACCUCCACUGAUCACAGACUUACCCUUUCAGGAAGAUACAGCAAAUUAGCAGAGAGGUGCAAAGCUCAAAUACUCAAGAUAAAUUAAGAUAAUAGGGACAGAGUGACAGGUACAUUUUAGUGGGUCACAAUUAUGUUAAUGAUCAGCAUCUUUUACCCACUCCACAUGUUAACCAUACAGGGACAAACUCACCAUGGAAAAACAACAUAACUUGAUGUCAGGCUGGAGGUAUUAGUCUAAGUAACAUCUUAAAGGGAUAUUCCGGCAUAAAAUAAAGUCAGGGUCAAACACACCGUAACACCGAGUUAGACACCCCCUCGAGAGAUGAAUGUUGCCGACCGCUUUCUUCUCUAGUUAUACCAACUUUAAUAAUGACCGCACAAUAGCAAUACACACGCAAACCUCCACCAAAACACCACUUUAUAGCCACAAAUAAUGCUCAGAACAGCACCUAACUUCAUCAACAGGACAUAUAGGGUCACAGACAUAGUACUAGACACCAAACAUCUUUUAACUUUGACUAAUUUCUUUAGCAAAGAGACUAAACACAACUCACCUACUCUCUUCCAGCAGCCGUUUGUUUGUGGGUGGAGCUCUGACGAGUCGAUCACAGAAUUUCGCAGCUCAAGGAAGAACAUUUAUGAUUAUCACUUCAUGGAAAUGCAAUCAGACCGAGACGCUCAGGUGGAAGAACUUCUGCAGUACAAAAUGAUUAUUAUGAUGAUCAUUAUUUCAAGGAAAUGAUCCGCUGCACUUGCUGAUCAACUCGUCGAGGCUCCCACCACAAACAAGCGGCUGCUGGAAGAGAGUGGGUGAGUUGUGUUUGGUCUCUUUGCUAAAGAGAAGGUUAAAUAAUCAGUGGUAAAUGUUUGAACCUCAAGUGGCCAUUUGCUGAGCAAGUUUCACUAGAAGACAGUAAGUUUAUCUGACCUGGCAGGUUGGUCACAUGAUCUUGUAGCUGGGUAAGGUGGACAGCUUGCAGUGUUGUGUGUGUGUGUGUGUGUGUGUGUGUGUGUGUGUGUGUGUGUGUGUGUACGUGCACUCACUGUGUUCUGCACAGCAUGUGUGAUGGUAGAGAACACUCCCCUGCCAGGUGCUGCAGCACUCACAGAGGACUCUGUAGAGCUGGACAGGUCAAUUUCUCCACUUUCUCCUCCACCUCCACCUCCACCCUCUUUCUCCCCCUCUCCCUUCUCCUUCUCCUCCUCCUCCUCCUCCUGUGCCUCCUCUCCCACUGAGGUCCUGUGGAGACGUAGAGCUUCUCCUGCCUUCACCUUCACCGAGUUCAAACUCUGACCUGCACACACAGACAAAGGUACACAGCUGAGGAGGGAGGGAGGAGAAAGGGUACUUGAGAAAGUAAGGAAGGAAACAAGGACAGAUGACUCACCCACAGAGGAGGUGGCACUGCUUAGGAGAGAUUUUCCCCAUGUACUCCAACCACCCCAGCCUUUGUCUUUCUCCAGAAGAGACGUCUGCAUUCACAAAAACAUGUGAACAUUACUUGUAGGGGGGACCACGGGCCUAGAGGUCUGUGUACACUUCAUAUGUCUCAAGGGUUUGAUAAACAAGGGCAACAGAAAUGCAAAAACACACCGUUUCAUCCUCUCCUGCAGCAUCAGCAUCACCCUCCAGGCUCACUGGUUGGUCACAUUCAACCACCUGACCCUCAGCAGCAGGAUCUGGAUGCUCGGUGUACCCCUCUGAGGUGUUUGCAUCAGCAGUGGUGUCCUCUGAGGUCGUCUCCUCAGUGGGCUGUGGGAGGACUGAACUCUCAGGGGUAACAAGAGACUCUGGUGGGGCCGAGGGUGGAGCGAUGGCUGCUGGGGCAUCCUGAGAGGAGUCGGGAUCAGGGUGAGUGGACAGGGCCGGUGGAGGGGUGAUGUCAGUAGAGGGGUCCAUGUCUGAGGAGUCAGCCUGAGACAUAAUGAUCUGGAAGAGAAGAGGAGUUUGAUUCUAAACAGAGUAUACAUACAUAUACUUUAUAAGUAUGAAUAUGUAUUUUAUAAAGUCAGACAUUAAAGUUAAAGCUCCUCUGAGGACCAUUUCAAUUGCACUGAUUUUUCUUCUCUGUUUAAAUUUUUAAGUGUUGUUCCUCUUUUUAAUUUUCUACUUGUUUUAUAAUUCCCACAAAACAACACAAUCAGGCUGAUGCUUUUAUUAGUGAGGUAGUGUGAACUGAUGUUUAACUGUGAUGUACAGUUAGUCUCCUUUUUAAUUUCAUUUAACAGAGAGAGAAUAUCUGGGUUUAAUAGAGUCUUGAAUCUUCUUUAUAUAUUUGUGACAGAAUUAGCUCUGGGUCUCCAGACAAAUGACAGUUAAUCCAUGUUGAUGUUGAUGCAACAUCAAUUGCUCCAAUAAGGUUUUUUAAUAAGGCGAAAAGUUAGUCUGAUCUGGCUUCCUGGUUAACUAUCGCCAUCUGGUGGUGAGUUGCUGCUCGUGCAUCCAUAUCAAAACAUUACAUUUGUUUGUAUAAUACUAUUUCUGAUAAAGCAAAAAUGCAUAAGAUGCUAAACACACAGGUUUACACUAUCAAUAUACAGUUGUCCAAAAGAGGAAAAAUAACACAAAGUAGAUAUUAAAAGGCACAAGAAUCCGAUUGUGCGACACUGUUUUUAAGUUUUUAACCUGAAGUUGUUAGAUUUUCAUUGCAGUGCUUUUUCCAUUAGUUGUUACUGUGGUUUGUGAAAUGAAUUAGUAGCCUGGAACUGUUCAACAAUUAGAUUUAUCAAUUAAAAAUAAUCAUGAAAAUAACCCCGAGACCUUCCCUCCGCAUUUGCCGAAGCCUUUUUCACACUAUUUUGACUUUACAUUGUAAACGCAGAGACAAUUCAAAGAACCUGCUAAACAAACGCUCGACAAAACCUCUGCUGUAUCUGAGAGCCAAUAUGACAAUAAAGCCAUUAUUCAGACAGUAAUGCAUCCUCCAGACAAACACUCAUACAAACUCUUUUCAGCACCGCAGUGAAUGAGUUAAAGUAAAAAACACAACAUUUCUUUUGCAAAACUCGUGUCUCUCGCUGUUGUCUUCACUAAAAGAAAAGUUAAAAAGCCAAAAGAGAGGUUUGUUUUCGUGAAAGUGACAGCGCAGCUCACCCGUUUGGUGUCAGCCAGCAGCUCCUCUUCCGCCCCGCCACGUCGGCAGGCAGGCCGGUAGAUGACUCGACCAAAGAGUCACGACGGACAAGAGGAGUCCCUGUAGCAGAGACAAGCGGAAAAUAUCUGUCACAACAAGGAGGUGACAACUACAACAACCUGUUACUGUGAAAAUGCACAUUUUAAUUUUUUUCAUCAUAUUAAUGCUUUGAAAGAAACAACAUUGUCUCAAAGCACCUCUCUACCUGUUUAGACUUUUAUUUUUGAACGUUGCCUAUAACCUAACUUUGCUAGACUACAACAAAAGUUCUCCGUUUUGUGUUUUGUUUUUUGCCUUUCUGUUUAAUUUUCUAAUCUUGAAACUGUCACAUCCAGGAUUUAUAGGAGAUUCAUUAUUAAAAUUCAAUUAGAUAUUCCCAUUGCGCAAUGCGACGUCGAAAUGACGUCUUUAUAACGUAAUUUUCGACGUCUAAAUCACGUCUCCUGAAGGUGCUGAAUUAAAGUUUUUUUGAUAUCUUUUUCGGACGUCAUUUCGACGUCCAAGUCUGACGUCUUGUGGACGUCCAAAUUCUGAAUGUCGGAGCGACGUCUAAAAAAGGUCUAGUUUAGACGUCGAAAUUUCUCACCUGUUUUGCACGUCGUACUGACGUCUAGAUGUGGUCUUCGGCGGACUGACCCAAUACUGACUUGAUCUGCGUGUGGUGGGUUGACUCACGCCCUGUUAGUGCUGAUGCUGAUAUGCUUAUUUGUACAAACGGCCAGUAAUUAGCCUGCUUAAUCAACUUUUUUUUUUCCAUAUUUGUUUAUUUGUCAUGUGCAUGUUAAACAAGACCAACAAUGCAAUGAAAUGCCAUGGAUGAGAGGACCUCUCGACUCAAAGGAGAACAGAUAAAACACACAAUAAGUACUGAAGGAAUAUAAUAAAAUAGGGAUAACAAAAAUAUUUAAGGUGAAUAAAAGUAUGAGAAGUUAUAUGCAAAGUGACAGAAGUAUUUACAAAGAGCGAGAAACAUAUAAUAUAAUAUAAUACAAUAUAAGAGAUAUUUACAAAGUGAACAAGCGAUGCAGUAAGUGCUGAGUGUGAAUGUAUGAAAUGGGGGAUAGGUCGGUGUUAUAAAUAAGGUAUGAAAAAUUGCCAUAUUGCACAUGAUAAACAAUGGUGUAUGCACAUGAUACAAAGUGCAGUAUUGACUGAUAAUCUGUCUAUCUGAAGUACAUACUGUCAGAUUUUGGUGGGUUUAUACAAAGAAGUUUGCACAACAAAUUAAUAUAACUUGUGAAAGACACAGUGCAACAGGUUUCCAUCUCAAGUUGAGUAAGGGCAAAGAAAAAAAAAUAAUUUUACUCAAACAAUUUUCAGGUUUUCAUUUACAAUAACAAAAUCAAAGCUUGUUGGUACUCUUCUUUAUCUUUUAUAAUCACCGUGUCUGUAUAAUUUACCUCUGUUAGAAAUGAAUUAUUAAUCAAAUCUUCCACAUAGUAUGCUUCCAAAUAACCUUUGACCUCUGCUGCUUGUGGGAUCUGAUGAGCUGAAUUGGAUUGCUGUAAGUGUUGUGUGGGACACAAAUUUAGACUUCGUACUGUCUGCUGUAAAUUGGUAAACUAGCAUUUUUUUAAAACUGAGAAUAAGAUGACUAAUUCCAGUGAGUUCUUCAAGCUAAUGAUACCACAUCACUGUGAACUAGCUGACAGGGUUAUGUUCGGCUGUGUCAUUCCCGGCUUCCUUGGCUGUUUAAUUUAAUCACGAAGUAAUAAUACUUGUGUUAAUGUGGACUCUUGGAAAACGGGUCAACACGUUAUAACAAUAAAAGAAACGUGAACUGGAAAGUAAAUAUAAAGCUACUCAACAAUAUUACGAGGAGUUUCACUUCAGUAUCCUGUGAGAGCGUUUUAACGAAGGCGGAAGUGGGCAGCAGUAAAAUAUCUUGCUUCCCCUCCACAACCGUGUGAUCAGUGUGCACAUACUUUAUUUUUCACGCUGUUCCCAUGGACUGAUUGAACUCGAAAAACAUCCCUAGGCUUUGCUGCUUUUUUUGCGAAUAAUAUUCAAAAAAUUUAAGUAUUACUAAAUGUUUUAGUUUAAUGAAAUUGAAACUUUUCCACAUUGACGAUCACAUGGCUCGUUGGUCUAGGGGUAUGAUUCUCGCUUAGGGUGCGAGAGGUCCCGGGUUCAAAUCCCGGACGAGCCCACCUGUUUUUUCCUCUUGUAAUAUUCCAAAUAGUAUACUUCUGGUAAUAAAAUGAAUUCAUGUGUCACUCUCACUUACCAGAUAAACAACACAAGCAAACAUUUUAUUUAGGCUUAAAAGUUUGCACUAGUACAUCUAUCUGUAUGUCUGUCUGUCUGUCUGUAGAAAAGAAAUAUUAGAAUUGGUAAUCACAAUAAAACACAGGAGAUGACCAAUAACUACAUGAAUCUUUUCAGUUGCAAUGUUGCUGUGAUUUCCAUAAUAAUAAAGACAGCUGAUAUAUUUCAUCAUGUGCUUUAAGAUGGGUCUGAAGGGUCAGUCAUU